UGAUUAUGUUUAGUCUAUAGAAUUAAUCUCAGAAGAUAUUAUAUCAAAUUAUUUUCAUAGAAAAAAUUUUUUAUUAUAGUUGAAGAAGGAUCGAUGUAUUUAACAGUAUUAGCUAUAAACAAAAAUAAGGAGAGGUAAAGAAAAACGAAUACAAGUGUGCUGCACAUGUGUACUAUAAUCUGUCUGAUGUAAAAGAAUAUCGUGAUAUGUCGAUAUGAAAAUAUUUUUUAAUUGUAAAAUAUAUAUUUAAUUGUAUAAUAUUAUAUAUGAAUAAAUUUAUUUUGUUAUAAAAAUAUUAUAAUUGAUAUUAUAUAUUGAUAUUAUUAUGAAUUUUGUUAUAUAAUAUCAAAUAAAUUUAAAAUUUUGCAUAUUUUUUUUUACUAUAUAAUACUAUAACUAUAUAUAAUAUUAAUACAAAAACUUUAUAUUUUUAAAACGAAAUACUAAUGCAAUUAUACAUACGAAUUAAAUAAUUUUUGUAUAAUUUUAUAAAUAAUUUUUAAAUAAUUAUUGUACUGUGAUCAUUAUUUUCUUUAUUGAAUCUUCUUUGAACAAUACAAUUAUAAAAAUUCAUGUUUAAUAUUAUUAAAAGAUAGAAGAAUAAAAUUAGUAACUCAUAAUAAACGAAGUAAAAAUUAUAAGUUUUAAAAUUUUGAAAAAUUUUGAAAUCUUAAUAUUUUAAAUAUUUUUAAAUAAUUUAAAUUAUUUUUAAAUUAAAUUUAAAAAAAAUGGAUAAAAUAUAAUAGUCAUUUAUUUAUCUUCUAUAUUUUCCAUUUUAUUUUCUUUUCUUUCAUUUUAUUUUGUUUUCCUAUCAUUUUCAAGUUUCUUUAUAUUUCUGUCUACUAUAUAUAUAUAUUAAUAUAAUAUUAUAAUAUAUAUAUAAAGAAUUUAUUUUGAUAAAUACUAAUACAACAUUUUUUAAAUAGUUUUAAAAAAAAUCUUUAAAUCUUUUGCAAAAAUAUUCUUCAAAUUCAUUAAAAAUUUAACAUUUCUUUCAAUAACAAUUCUUAAAAUUAUUAAUAUAAUAAAAUAUGAUGAAUUGCUUCAUUCAAUCUCUUUUUAUCUUUCGUUUAUUUUAUCUUUCGUUCAAACUUUCUUAAUAUAUCAAUUCAUCAAAUUAAUAAAAAUAAAUAAAAGAAUAGAUUCUUCUGUUAAAAUUGCAAGCGGAUAAUCCUUUAUAAAACUUUUUCUUCUGAUCGCCCCCGCACAUGUUCCUCUACUCAGAUUUAAGAACUUCACUUUGUCCCUCGGCUGCGUCAGCACCCUCGUCACAAGUUGACAGGAAGGGACCUCAUUCUUUAUACGGCACUGGUCGCUGUCGGAGGUUCUCCUUAACAGAGAGACGCGAGAGAGACGCGUCACAAGAGGCGUCCACACGACGAUUGCCUCUCUCUCCCAUACAUUUUUCAUCUAGUGAUCGGCACGGUGCAUCGCGGAGAUCGAAUGUGUCUUAGAUCAUCGGUUUUCGAUUGAUCUAUUUGUUUCGUUCGAUCAUAAUUGUGGAUCCAGCCGUCUAUCUGCUCAUGGCACGAGAUACAUUCUCGAGGGAGGCACAUCGAGUUAGAUUAAAUCGGAUUUAAAAAUUUAAACGGCUAAAGAAGAAGAAAGAAAAUGUCUCGAAUAUCAGCACAAGCAAUUUUGGCAAUAUUGUUAUUUGCAAUAACAAUUGUAUUAAAUUCAGCUGAUCCACAAUAUUCCAGAGAAAGACCUGUACAUAGAGGAUCAAUCCAGAGAGGGGAUAUGUCGGAGGUGAUUGAAGAACGCCAUUAUUGGCCAAAGCUGAACAUUCCUAACCCAAGAGGUCCAGCACGAAAGAGGCAUCCUUGCGAGCAGAGCUCAUGUUAUCCCUCAACAGGAAAUCUAUUAAUCGGUCGAAAAGAUCGAUUGAGUGCGUCUUCUACUUGUGGACUUAAAGGACCAGAAAGAUAUUGUAUCGUUUCGCAUUUGAAGGAUCGAAAGAAAUGUUUCUUUUGCGAUGCAUCGAUGCCGAAGCAACAACACAAUAUUGAAAAUAUUGUUACUGAUUGGUCUAAAAAUUGGUGGCAAGCGGAAAAUGGGGUAGAAAACGUUACAAUACGUUUCGAUCUCGAAGCUGAAUUUCAUUUUACCCAUAUCAUCAUUCGUUUCAAGACAUUUAGACCUGCGUCAAUGUUAAUUGAGAGAUCGUACGACUUUGGUAAAACAUGGCAAGUAUAUCGAUAUUUCGCGCAUAAUUGUGAACAGUAUUUUCCACAUGCUUCUACGGGACCACCUCAAAAACUGACAGAUGUUAUCUGCGAAUCGAGAUAUUCCGGCGUGGCGCCAUCUACAGGGGGCGAUGUUAUCUUCAGAGUCUUGCCCCAAAAUUUAGAAAUAGACAAUCCCUAUUCGAAGGAAGUACAAAAUCUCCUAAAAAUCACCAACCUCCGCAUAAAUAUGACCAGAUUACACACAUUAGGAGACGAUCUUCUCGAUAAUCGCGCAGAAAUUCGAGAAAAAUAUUAUUAUGCAAUUCAAAAUAUGGUGAUUCGUGGAUCCUGUUCCUGUUAUGGCCAUGCAUCCAGAUGUCUUCCACUUCCUGGAGUUGCUAACGAAGAAAACAUGGUGCACGGCAGAUGCGAGUGCACUCAUAAUACUACGGGAUUAAAUUGUGAAAAAUGUCAAGAUUUUUAUAAUGAUCUUCCCUGGAAACCUGCAGUUGGAAAACAGACGAACGCUUGUAGACCUUGCAAUUGUAAUAAUCAUACGAAUUCCUGUCAUUUCGAUGAAACGGUCUAUGAAAGAUCUGGAAGAGUUUCUGGUGGUGUUUGUGAUGAUUGUCAACACAAUACCAGAGGUCAAAACUGCGAAUUAUGCAAACCAUUUUACUAUCACGAUGUCACGAAGGAUAUAUCUCAUUCCGAGGCAUGUCUACCUUGUGAUUGUGACCUUGGUGGUUCAUUGGAUGAUGGUAUAUGUGAUUCAAGAACCGAUCUUCUCAGUGGAGAUGAAUCUGGACGUUGCCAUUGUAAAGCAAACGUCGAAGGUCGUCGUUGUAAUCGUUGUAAAUAUGGUUAUUGGAACUUUGAUCCUGAAAAUCCUGAGGGAUGUCAAGCAUGUACCUGUAAUACUCUGGGCACUAUCGAUAAUCGUGGAUGUAAUAUGGUCACUGGCGAAUGUACUUGUAAACGUUUCGUCACUGCUCGUGAUUGUAAUCAAUGUCUCCCAGAAUUUUGGGGUCUCUCGGAAGAUCCGGAUGGUUGUAAACCUUGUGAUUGCGAUCCCGGUGGUUCUUAUGAGAAUUCUUGUGAUGUGAUUACUGGUCAGUGUCGUUGCAGACCUCACGUUAGUGGCAGAACUUGUAAUCAACCUGAACAAAGUUACUAUACUGGAUCGUUGGACUUUUUGAUUUACGAGGGUGAAUUAUCGAGAGCUACUGAUAACUGCCAAGUAGUGAUUAGAGAACCUUAUCGCGAUGGAAGAAACAGUACUUGGACUGGUACCGGGUUUAUGAAGGCACUUGAGGGUUCAAUCUUAAAUUUCACGAUUGAUGAUAUUCGUAAGAGUUUAUGGUACGAUAUUAUCGUACGAUAUGAACCAAUUCAGGUAGGAUCCUGGGAAAAUGUUCAAAUAAUCAUUGAAAGAGAUGGUCCAGUGGAUCCUAAUGGUCCUUGUGCUGAAUGGAGACCGGAAUAUGACCAAUUAUAUGCGCAACUUCCUUUAAGAUCGAGAAGCGUUGUUGUACAACCAUCCAUUUGCUUGGAAGCAGGAAAACGAUACAAUAUCUUAUUGCAAUUUCGUAAAUUUAACAAUCAUAUCGAUACACCUUCUGCUUCCAUCUUGGUUGAUUCUAUUGUUCUGAGGCCAAGAAUAGAUGCUAUUCCUUUCUUCAAAACUUCUGGAAUUGGCGAACUUCGUCGACAAGAAUACGAAAGAUAUCAUUGUAGUGAAUUCUUUAAUGAUAUUAACACAGAAUGGGAUAAUAUUCCGGAAAUUUGUAGACAAUAUCAAAACAGUAUUGGUUAUUAUGUUUACGAUGGUGCACAUUCUUGUGAAUGUAAUCCAACUGGAUCCCACAGUUUGCUGUGUGAGAGUUACGGAGGUAUUUGUCCGUGUAAACCAAACGUCGUUGGCAGGCGCUGUGAUCGUUGCGCACCUGGAACUUAUGGUUUCGGCCCAGAGGGUUGUAUAUCUUGUGAUUGCGAUGGUGUAGGAGCGCUGGACAAUUUCUGCGAUGUUGAAACAGGACGAUGCAAGUGUCGACCGAAUACUUAUGGAAGAACAUGCGGUCAAUGUGAACCUGGCUUUUGGAAUUUCCCUCAUUGUCAACGAUGCGAAUGCAAUGGCCAUGCUGAAAGUUGUGAUUCCAAGACUGGUGCGUGUGUCAAUUGCCGAGACUAUACUACUGGACACAAUUGUGAUCGAUGCAUUGAGACAUAUUAUGGUGAUCCUAGGAUCGGUGUAGACAUUCCAUGUAGAGCGUGUCCUUGUCCAGGAACCAUAGAUUCUGGCCAUUCUUAUGCUGAGAGUUGCUCUUUGGAUUCUGUGACUCAUGAUGUGAUUUGCGAAUGUUUCGACGGAUACACCGGUCCUCGUUGCGAAAACUGUGCGGAAAAUUACUUUGGUCAUCCUGAGAUUCCUGGUGGCAUCUGUGAAUCUUGUAAUUGCAAUAACAAUACGGAUCUUCGUCUAGCUGGAAAUUGUGAUCCUCAUACUGGACGUUGCCUACAAUGUUUGUAUAACACUGAUGGAUCAAACUGCCAGAUAUGCAAACCAGGAUUUUACGGAAAUGCUCUUGAACAAAAUUGUCAGGAUUGCCAGUGUGAUGUUUUGGGUACAGAUAGAAAUGCUGGACCUUGUGAUCAUCGAACAGGACAAUGUCCUUGCUUACCUCAUGUGAUCGGUUUACUAUGCGAUUCUUGUGAAGAAAAUCAUUGGAGGAUUGCUAGUGGCCAAGGUUGUGAUCCUUGUGAAUGCGAUGCUGUUGGAAGUGUCUCCGAUAGUUGCAAUCCAUACGAUGGUACUUGCGAGUGCAGACCAGGUUUCGGAGGAAGACGCUGUAACGAGUGUCAAACAAAUUUCUGGGGCAAUCCAAACGUCGAAUGUUAUCCGUGCGAUUGCGAUUUAACCGGCUCUGCCAGCCAGCAGUGCGACAGAGAAACUGGGACAUGUAUUUGUCACAAAGGAAUAGGUGGCGAAAAAUGCGACCAAUGCGAUCGUGGCUACUACGGAUAUGCGCCUCAAUGCAAUCCUUGCGGCGAAUGUUUUGACAAUUGGGAUUUAACAUUAACUGGUUUAAGAAAUAAGACAAACCUUGUUAUUGAAGAGGCAUCGAAGAUACAAAAGAUUGGAACGACUGGUGUCUAUAGUCAAGAAUUCGACGAUAUGGUCGAAUCUUUGGAUCAAGUGCAAGCAUUGAUCAGUAAUGCUUCUAUUAGAAGCCAAGAUUUAGACGAAUUGAAUGAUUUGACCAUAGAAUUGAAUAACAAUGUGUCUACGUCGACUAAGAAAUUAGAAGAAGUGAACAAUCUCUUAGAGAAUGUUAGCCAAAGAGUGAAUCUGGGGGAUGCUGCUCUUAAGAAUUUGAAGAACAGAACAAAUAGUUUGCAUCAAGCUGCUGCAGAUCUCAAGGAAAACGCGACGAGAUUGCAAGAAGAAAACGUACAAGGUGCUCUUAAUGUUACACAACAAAUGGCAGAACAAUCUAGGCAAGCGGAAAAAAUGGCAAACGAUACUAGUAAUGUUCUGACGGAUGCGGAGAGAUUCGUUAAACAUACCGAAAGUUUAUUAGCUAAGAAUCGAGGUUUCGUGGAAGAGGCUCAAGAAAAGAAUCAGGAAUCGUUAAAUAAAAUAAAUGAAAAAUUGAAAAUAUUCAAUAAUAUUAUGCCUGAAUUAAAUUUAGAAAUGUGCGGAGAUAAUGUGACUGAUUGUAGUAGUGUGUGUGGUGGCGCUGGUUGUGGUUUUUGUGGCGGUUUAUCCUGCGAUGCGGGUGCCAUGACAAAGGCCACUCAAGCUUUAGAUGUAGCUAAAAAACAAGCUGCUAAGAUCAAAAGUCAUAAAGAUGAGGCUGAACAAUUGCUUCGCAAUAUGAGUCAAGUGAAGCGGGAUGCAAUGGCUACCAGAUCAAAUGCUCAAGAUGCCUUCAAUUACGCUUUGAAAGCUCGCAAUCUAACUGACAAUGUGAGCAAAGAUCUUUCCGAUAUAAAUAAGCGAAUUCGCAGUACUUUGGAUGAAGAUCAACCGACUCCUGCCAUGGUAAGAGAUUUAGCAAAUGAAGUGCUGGCCAAGAACAUCCAAUUGAAACCCGAUGAAAUCAAAGAAUUGGCCGAUCGUAUUAAGAGUAUUGUCGGUUCCUUGACUGAUUCUGAUAAAAUUCUCGCGGAUACCAAAGACGAUCUUUAUCUAGCCGAACAAUUGAAAAACCGAGCAACUAAAAUGAAAGAAGACGCAAUCGAGAAGCAAAUGUUGGCUAAUGUAGUGGUAGUUUUGUUGAAUGAUGCCAAAAAAGCUCAAACUCGUGCUCAAGAAGCAAUCAACCAAGCCGAACGUGAUGUUAGUAGAUCUGAAAAAGACUUGGAAGAGAUAGCAGAGGUGACCAAAGGUGCUCAGAUGCAGGCAAAUAGCACUACUCAGACUGUUGAUUCUUUGGAUGCUCGAUUGAAACAAUUACAAACUCAAUCAGUAAGGAAUGAUUUCGUUUUGAAUCAAGAAAUUAGUGUUGAAGCCCGUAAAAUUGCCGAGGAAGCGCAGAAUGUUGAUAUCAAGACAAAAGAGCUAGCCAUGGAAUAUAAAAAUGCGGACGAAUUGUUGGAUUCAAGAAUGAAUAAAAGCAAUGGAAAUAUAUUGAGGGCGAAAAAGCUUCUUCAGAAGGCCUCAGAACUGACUGCUGAUACCUCGACGAAAUCUAAGGAUUUGGACGGUAUGGAGAGUGUAUAUAGAGAUAAUGAGAGGAUGUUGUCCGACUUGAUGGAUCAGGUUGACUCGUUAACUGGGGAAAUGGAAAAACAUUUGGCGGAAAUCGAGCAGAAAGCGCAACGUUAUAAACAGUGUACUUCUUGAGCGAAUGCAACCAUUGGUUAUAAUUGGUUAAUGGUAUAUGCCUUUGUGACUAACUUGGAUUUUUAAAAAUGAAUGCUUGACAAUAUUUUGUUUUGUAUUUUGAUACUAAAUCGAGCGAGCUAAAUUUCAUAUUGUAGAUAUAUUUAUCUUUGUAGAUUACUUUUCUUUUUCUUACUGAGUUUAAAAUUUUAUUAUUAAUAAUUUUACACAAAAAAUGUUUGAUCGUGAUAAAUUUCAUGUAAAUUUAUUUUACAAAAGAAAAGAUCUAAAUGCAGAAAUUUAGAAAAAGUAUUUUAUUAAGGAACUUUAAUUGUAAUAAUUUUUAAUUAUAAAUAUUUUUUUAAAUCUUAUCUAUUAUAAAAUGUACAACGAUGAACAAAAUAUUACCAUCAUUGAAUGAAUAUAAAAGAAGUUAAAAAAUAGAGUAUGAAUAAUUUUUAGGUUAUGAAGACUAAAUCGAUUUAUCAUCUUUUUUAAAAAUGAUUAAAAAAUAUAUGAAAAAUAAGAAAAAAAAAAGAAUUUUUCCAGUGCCAUAAUUAUAAAUAAAGAGGCCAUUUAUAUGUUUAUAUAUUUCACAUUCAUAUAUAUAUUUAUAUGUAACUUUUUAAAAAUUUCAUGGAAAAUAGAAAUUAAAUUAUAGAAUAAAUAUUUUAAAUCAUGGAAUUAAUCAUGAAAAGUACUAAAGACAAAAUUCGUAUUUUUUAUGUUAAAUUUUUUAUUAUGGACCAAAUAUUUUAAAAUGAAUAAUGUACAAAAUUAGUAGAUCAUAAUAUAAAAUUAAUAAAAAUAAUCAUUUUCGCGUUGAGAAUGUUCUUCAAAACGAGAAAAAAUUUUACGAAGAGUAUCAUUGAUCUGAAAAAAAUCAAAAAAUUUUAGAAUGUAUUGACAAGGACAUAAAUAUUUUUUAUAAUUAAAAAAAAACUUUACUGAAAAUAUGCCAAAUAUUAUUUUAUAUUUUUAAAUAGAAUAUUUUUAUAUUAGUUCAUAUUAGUUGAAAGAUUUACAUUAUAAAUUAUUUUAUGAUUUCACAAAUCAAGAUUAUAUAUAGAUUAAAUAAUCAAUCAGUAAUCAUUAUAAAUAUAUAUAUUUAACUGCCUAAUUAAUAAAUAAUUUUAUAAGGUAUAGAGAAUUUAUAUCCUUGACAAUAUAUUUUAAUUGUAUAAUUUAAUUACGAGGAAUAUUGCGCAAAUUGACUAUUAUUGAAGAAAAAUGACUGAUAGUUUUUAUACAGAAUUAAGAUAUUAAUGUAUCGAUUUAAUUCACAAUAUAUAAAAAAAAUUUAAUUAUUCAACAUUUAAUUUAAAAUUUGUACUUAUAUAUUAUACACGUUGCAUUUGAUAAAUAAUUUUUAAAUAAGAUACGGUGCAAUAGAUAGAUAGAAUUUUUAUCAGUAAUUUGUAAAUAUAUUACUAUAUCUCUUCACCAAAUUGUAUUUUUCCAUUUGACAUGAAUUGGUAAUAAAUAAAAUUAUAAUAUAUAAUAAAAGAAUAUUUGAUUUAAAAUAUAUGGAAAAAACAAAAAAAAUAUUAUUAAAUAUUAAAUGUAUUUAAUACGAAUACAUAUUUUUAAUACUUCAAUUGUAUAUUCAGUAUAAUGAUACAAUUAAACUAUAUUAAUUAUAAACAAAUUUGGAUAUAAAUUGAUUAAUUUCUAAAAAUUAUUAUAUUCUUAUAAUUAUUUAGAUUAUUGGGAUACAAUGUUUGCAACGAUUUUAUCUCUCUUUGUACGCAACUUAAGACAACUUUAAUGAAUUAUACUAGACCUGAACAUUUUUCCUCGCUUUUAUUUCAUUAUCAAUAUGACUACUUUUUCAUAUUUAAUCAUUCCAUAUCUCCCUACUAUAUUUUGUUUUGUUUUAAUUGAGAACAUAUACAUAUAAUAAUAUCCUAAUCUCCCCCCCAAUCUUCUUUUAUGUUGCAAGAAAUGUAACGAGAAAAUCCAAAAAUAUAUAUAAUAAUAUCCUGAUCUCUUCUCCAAUCUUCUUUUAUGUUUCAAGAAACGAGAAAAUCCAAAUUAAGGAGAGAAGCAGCAGUUAUCUAGUCCUAAAUUAUAGAAUAUUAAUAUAUUUAUAAAACAUUUUUGAUUUUAAAGGCCAAAAUAUAAAUAAAAAAUAUAAGCAAUUUAAAUUUGUGUUAGAUAAAAAGAAGAAGACAAAGCUGUUUCGCAACUUCAUUUCGUUUUUAUGCUUGAUCUAAUUGUACUUUAAGAUGAAUAAUUUCAUUCAUAUGUGUAUAUAAUGUUCAUACAUAUCAAUAUAUUAAUAAAUUUAAAAUUUAACAAUCGAAAUUGAUAUUAUGUUAUUAUUAAAACAAGAGUUAUAUUUUUUCUAAAAAUGAGAUAAUAUAUAAUUUAUUUAGCAAAUUUUACUAUAAAUUUCCAAAUUUUUUAUGAACACAUAUUAUAAUGAGUUUUAAUAUUUACGCAUGUAAAUUUUCUUAUUAAAUUUUAACUUUAAGUACGUAAAAGUUUCUUUAAAAUUACUUUUUUAAUAAAUGUUUAAUUCAAUAAUUUUUAAUAAUUGUAAAUCCAAUUAUGUUGCUCAAAAGAUUUAUUUUAUUAUUAAAAUAAAAUUUAAAUUGAAAAACUUGAAAAAAAUAUUAUAAUUUUGUUUAACUUAAUAUUGAUUUAGAUUCAUCAAUUUUGUAAUAUAAACUAAAUAAGAAACAUUCUCAAACAUUCUAAAUAAACUAAUUCCACUGCUGAUAUUUUCAUAUUAGAAGAAUUCAGAAUGUAUUGUAACAAUUUUGUUCACUCAUUGAAUAUUUUCGCUUUUGAUUGAACAAAUAUAUCGAUAAAUUCACUAAAAGAGUAUAAAAUUCAUUAAAUGAUGUAUAAAGUAUACAUGAAAUGUUUGAAAUAAAGUAUAAAGUAUUCAUGAAAUAAUGCAAAAAUCAGACUUAUAGAUUUAUUCUACUAUAUAUUUAAAUUGGUCAGAAGUUUGGUCUAUGAAUUUUUUUUCCUCAAGUUCAUUUUUUUUUAAUUUACCAAUUUUUCACACAUUAAUAUAUUAAGGUGUCUAAGUUUCUUUCGCACUACGCUAGAAAUGACUUUAACUGAUUAUAUUUUUAUAUGCAUAUGCAUGCAGACUUAUCUAUUAACUGUUUAUGGCAUCGAUUUCAGUUAUCUCAAAGCUCUUUUAAAGUACGUUUUGUUAGCACAGUCUCUUUUAAAAUUUUUCUCUACAUCGAUAUAAAUAGCCAAAAAAAGCAUUUGCAGUAUUAUGCUUUAUUGCUUUAAAAAAGAUGAUAGUGUAAAUGAUAUUGUAGACAAGAUUUGUAUUGUUUACGAGAAUAGUGCUACAAUUAUGAUCAUUCGCAAUUGAUUUAAGAGAUUUUGAGAUGGCAAUUUUGACUUGAAAGAUGAAGAUCGCAGCGCUCAAUAACGAUGAAUACGGACUUUAUCAAGGCCAUGCUCGUUGAAAAUUCGCGAUAUAGUGUGCAAGAUAUAAUGGAUGCCACUAACAUUUCCAAAAAAACAGUAUAUAAUCACCUGAUCAAGAUAGGAUAUGUCAAUCGAUGGGUGUUUAGGUUCCACACGAACGGAGACCGACUUUAUGAACCGCGUAUCUACAUGCGAUUUUUUUUUCAGCGACAUGAAAGAAAUCCUUUUUUAAAGAGACUUGUCACUGGAGACGAGAUUUGGAUUUUGUAUCAAAAUGUGCAUCGAUAACGUAUUUGGUUUAAGGAUAAUAGACUUUCAAUUAUUGUGAAGUCUGGAUUUCAGAAGAAAGUUCUUUUAUCCAUUUAAUGAAAUUGGUUUAAUCUACUACGAGCUUUUUCAAGGCGAAAUCAUCAACGCCAUGGCAGAAAAACGAUUAAAAUUGGCGAACUGACGAGGCCAUCACGAUAAUAACCGCAUUGAUUGUAAGAAAAAAGCUCUUACAGUUUGAUUGGGACGUUCUAUCGCAUCUUUUAUACUCCCCAGAUCUUGCUCUAUCCGUAUAUGUAAUCGUAUGUGUAUCUUAUCUGUUAUAUUAAAUAAUAAACAAGAUAGAUUAAA